GUUUCGUACAGAGCACACCUCUAUAAAUGCUUCACAGUCGUCAUCAUGGCUGCCUCCGGAUCCGCAGCAGUUCGCGAUGCUCCAAGUCAAAAGGGAUUAGGAUAUUUGAAGAAUCAAAUUAUAGAUGAGAACCUGGAAUUGGAAAUUGCCGAACUUGAAAAGCUUUACGAGAAAAAGUUGUGGCAUCAGCUGACAUUGAAACUGCAGAGUGUUACCCAGAAUCCUUUCUUCCAGUCUGAGCAAAGGCUGGUGGAUCUUUACAAGAACUUCACAUAUGACUUUGAGACGAAGAUAAACCCAUUGGCAUUGGUUCAAAUGCUGAGUUUUGUUGCAAAGCAAAUUCCCAGCUCAGAAGAAGCCAUUCAAUUCCUGGAGAAGAAUGAGGCAAAGGUCAAGGCACAUUCAGAGGCAGUCCUUCUCUUGAAAGUCCUUCGUGGACAAAUUCUUCUCCAUAAAAAUGGAGACCUAGUUGCCACAAAGACACUGUUGGAAGAUUCAGAGAAGGCCUUGAAUGACCUGGAAGGGGUGACAGAUGUCCAUGGUCGCUUCUACAAGCUAUACAGUGACUUCUAUCGUAUCAAGGCGAACCAUGCUGAGUAUUACAGAUCUGCAUUGCGCUACCUUGGAUGCAUAAACUUGGAUACAUUGGGUGAUGAGGAGAAGGUUCAACAGGCUUGCUACCUUGGCCUGGCUGCCCUACUUGGAGAGGGAGUCUAUAACUUUGGAGAAUUGCUGGCUCAUCCAAUUCUUGAGGCAUUGAGGAAGACAUCAAAUAAAUGGAUUGUGGAUCUUCUAUUUGUGUUCAACUCUGGCAGUUUGAAGCAGUUUGAGGAAUUGCGCUCAAGUUGGUCUCAGCAGCCUGAUUUGGUUGCCAAUGAGCUUUUCCUUCGCCAGAAGAUCUGUCUCCUUGCCCUAAUGGAGAUGACUUUUCGAAGGCCUGCGAACAACCGACAGCUGCUGUUCCAAGAGAUAUGUCAAGAGACUUCUCUUCCCCUUGAAGAAGUGGAACUUCUGGUUAUGAAGGCUCUCUCCCUGAACUUGGUUAAAGGAUACAUUGAUCAGGUUGAGCAAAAGGUCUACAUGACUUGGGUCCAGCCUCGUGUCCUAGAUAAGAAACAGGUUUCCGUGAUGAUCAAUCGCCUGGACACUUGGUGUCGGGAUAUACAGGCAAUGGAGAUGCUGGUGGAGAAGAAGGCCCAUGACAUCCUCACAUUUUGAUUUCAAUAUCCGCAAAUUCUAAUAAUAAAGUUUCCCUCUCCUUUGAUGGGAAGACUCUCUGAUUGGUUGGAAGAGUGAGAGUUUCAAUGAAUUUAUAGAGCAGCUGAAUCAGAAGAAAAAGCAGGAA